CUCAGAACACCUUCACACCGGACCGCCAUGCAUCUAAGCCCCGCGCAGCGGAGCGCAGUGGCUCGCCCACGGCACAGCGGGUGAUGUGUACCCCGACGGGUGACUUCUUCGCGUCGCUACCAGACGCCAAGCCGCGGGCCACUCGCUGGUCUCGGAAGGAAGAGAAACCCGAAGGUCGAGAGGUGCGCAAAGUCUACACCCUGGGCACCUGGCGGGUCAGCCGGGAGGUCUAUUUGUGGCAGCUCUCCUCGCUAGAUGUGAAGCUCCUGGUUGAUGUGCGUGGAAAUCCCAAAGCCGGACGUGAAGAGCAACUCUUCAAAGGAAAAGACUUCACCAAAGCGCUCUUGAGCAUCGGAGUGCGCUACGAGUGGUGGGGCGAUCGGUUAGGGGAAGAGCAGAUGGAGGAUGUGGAGGAGCUCCGGUGCCGCAUCAAGGGGUUGCUGGCCUCUGCGUGUCCGGGCGCGAUUUGUAUCUUCGGGCACAUGCACGAGCCGCACAAAUGCCAUCGCUUGCAGCUCUGUGACCUUUUCCCUCCAGGGCACGCGAUCCAGCACUUGAUGUGGCAAGACCAUCGACAGAUCAAGAUGCUCAGCCACGUGGAUGCGAGCAACCUCUACAGUCGUUGGGUCACGUACUUCAACGAUUCCAUGGCACGCGAAAAGCAGAAACGAUGCGAGCGCGGGUCUGCGAGGUGGCGGUGUGGGCGCUCCAAGCAGAUCGAAGAGGUGCUUCAGCGCGAGGCGAAGGCACUUCCUGUACUGAGUUGGGAAUCAACCUCACCCUCCGACUGGGAAGAGAAGCUUCGAGAUGGCAAGGCCUAUCGGCUAAAGCUGCCCUGGGAUACUGAAUUACUUUGGUAUCCACACUUUAUGUCGGAGACUGAAGCAGAUGAGCUCGAGGAGACCAUUGGAGAGAAGAUCACCAUGUAUCAUCCGACCUACUUCUUCCAGACCCCCAGCGGGGUGACACAGGAGACCGUGAACCGCAAGGGUCAAGCGCGGAUUUGUGAUGACUUCAACUUCGGCAUACAAUACGACAACUCCCGGGACAAGUCCCAAUUGUAUGUCUCGGAGAAGAUGGACUCCUGGUCUCGAGCGCUGAUGCACCGCGUGGAACAUGCCAGCGAGAGUGUCUUCAACGCGAUUUGGUUCAACCACUACCGCGAUGGCACGGUCACCAUCCAUUGGCACAGCGAUGGCAACGAGGGUCUGGGCCCUGAUCCCAUCAUCGCUUCACUCUCCCUGGGCGCCACCCGGGACUUUGCGUUCAAGAGCAAGCGGGAAUGGCGAGGGCUUCGCAAAGCGAACGAUGGAUCCAUGUUCCACAGCAACAACAUCAUCCACAUCACCCUGCCCCUGUUUCACGGCUCCCUCUGCGUGAUGGGUAAGAACUCCCAGCGCCACUGGUUGCAUGCCGUCCCGGCCAUGGAGGGUAUCCACCGCGAACGCACGAAUCUCACCUUCCGCUUCUGGGCCUUGGAGGGCUUUGAGACCAUCGAUGCAGCCGAGGCUCAGGCAGACACCCAACGUCAGUUUCGACUCCGGCUCACGCCCUCCCAACGCUUGGCGCAGCGCCGUGCACGACCGGUGAUCCUCGAUGCACCUCGCGAUGCGAAGACGACGGUGGAGGAGAUGCUGAGACGACUGGAGAAUCUUCUGCCACCAGGUCUAGGGGAGGUGGUCUUGGCCCAAACGGAGGGCGACAUCCUGCAGAAUGACCAGCCGCUCUUGGACGAGUUGGAGCGCUUGGGCUUGUGGCCAGCCACCUCAGCGAUGCCGAUCAUCAACCUGCAACUGCUACCCGUGGCGGACGAAGAAAAGAGUGGCGAGUGCCGAGAGGAGGUGAGUCCAGUUCUUACCCAGCACAGCAUCGAAGCAGACAGUGCUGGGCUUCAGCUGGUACGCGAGGUCCAACUGUCCUGCCCUGGAGCCUAUGCUCCACCGCAUGGAGACGUGGAGGUCCAGGCCAACGGCGCCUCGCACUGGAUCCAGGAAGUGAUCCAGAACUUGUCCGGCAUCCAGCGGAAGAGCAAAGGCAAAGGCCGCAUCAGCCAGAUGGUUUACCACCAGUGCAGCGAAUUCUGCGCCCUCUACCUGGCCCGACCCAAGAGUAGUGUGCACUUGGUCAUCACCCCGAAGCGCCCCUUGCGCUUCUGCGACUUGGGACGGUGCGAGGCGCCGUUGCUCAGGCGCUUGGGGCUCUAUGGCCGCUUGCUGACGGAGUUUUUGGGGAAGCACGCCUUCAAGGUGGGCGUCCAAACCCGAAAGUUGCCACGAGACUCUCAGGUCUUCGCUCAUGUCUUGAGCAUGGAUUUGGUGGCGCCGGACCUCAAUGACCUCACACGAAGACACUUUCUGGAGUUCACCACAGGAGCUGCCCACGGCCUCAUCGCCUUGGAAGACUUGGCACGUGACCUCGACACGGGCGAUGUGCACCGCAGAGCAGCGCUCCCGAGCGAGGAGGCGUGCCUCCACUGCCACCGGUGCGGACAGCUCUUCGGCGACAGCAUGCGCCAGCUGCUGCUGCAUUUGCGGCGCUGCGAUGCUCCUGAAGCUGGGUAUGCUGAAGCAGGAGCGAGAGCUGCGAGCGCUGGGGGUCUGGCAGUGGAGCUUUUGGAAGAGAUGGGUUUCUGCUGUGGCCGUGAGGCCUUGGAAGACCUACUUCGACACACCAAGGGAAACGUGGAGCAGGCGGUGGAAUUCCUCUCUGCACAGGGCUAGCUCGCCAUGGUCGCCGAGUUCGGUGCUUCCGAACGUCGCCGGAUUGCCCGGCUUGAGUUGGGGAUGGUCUAUGCGCCAAUAGCAGUAGCUAGCCUUCACAAAAUGUGCGCUCGCAGCGAUGUAGUUCUGUAGUCCAUGUGGCGGUUUGUGCCGUCCACAGUGAGACUCUGAGUGUGGUGACCUGUGGCUUUUGUACAGCUUGGCCUGGUGGCAAGUAGGUGUGUUGCUGAGUGCAGAAGACUCUGCUGAACGGAUAGGCCGUCGUAAUUCUUUUGGCAAUAGCACUUGAUUGGUGCCAAGACUGGCAGAUUAAGGG